CUCUGGAGCUGCCUCCUGCUGCUGCUCUGCUUCUAGCUCUUCGCUCUCCGGCUGAAGACCUUCUCCCCAUGGAGACCCUGCGCUUCGCUCGGGGAAUCCCGUGUCGAACGACGCCCGUGCGGGCCGGCGCUGGCGGCGCCGGUGCGGCCGGUCAGGCGCGGUUCGUUCCGCUCCGGAGGAAGGGCGCCGGAGCCGGCUCGACCGUGCUGAGGAGAUCGGCGAGCGGCGGGCGCGGCGGCGGCGGUUUCGGUGGCUCGCCGUCGAAGGACGAGUUCGCGGUGGAAGAUGAGGAGCGGGAAUCCGAGGGUGGGCUGGUGUUGGGUACGGAGAGGGACGCCUCUGGCUCUGUCGUUGGGUUCAACCUCGUUCCCCAGUCACGGCCUGAUUAUGUGGAAGUUGCUAGUGCUGAGGAAGAAAAAAGCACUGGUGAAAUAGAAGAGACUGAGGAAACAGAAGGCGAAGAGGAAGCCAAAACCAAAGUAUCUUACAACAUCGUUUUUGUGACUGCUGAAGCGUCUCCCUAUUCUAAGACAGGGGGCUUGGGAGAUGUAUGUGGUUCAUUACCAAUAGCCCUAGCUGCUCGGGGACACCGUGUUAUGGUUGUCACUCCCAGGUACCUAAAUGGAACUGCUGCAGAUGAAACAUAUGCCAGUGCUCUCGAUUUGGAUAGCAGCAUUAAAAUCUAUUGUUUCGGUGGAGUUCAAGAGGUUUCCUUCUUCCACGAGUACAGAAAAGGUGUUGACUGGGUAUUCGUGGAUCACCCAUCGUACCACCGUCCUGGAAAUCCAUAUGGAGAUAGUUAUGGUGCUUUUGGCGAUAAUCAGUUUCGGUUCACUUUACUUUGCCAUGCAGCAUGUGAAGCCCCAUUAGUUCUUCCCCUGGGAGGUUUCACAUAUGGGGAAAACUGUCUGUUUCUAGUCAACGACUGGCAUGCCAGCCUUGUGCCAGUACUCUUGGCAGCCAAAUACCGUCCAUUUGGAGUUUAUAAUGAUGCUCGUAGUGUUCUCGUAAUCCAUAACCUUGCACAUCAGGGUGUGGAAGCUGCAGCGACGUAUAACAAUCUGGGACUCCCUCCUCAAUGGUACAAAGCACUUGAAUGGGUGUUUCCUACAUGGGCAAGAACACAUGCUCUUGAUACUGGGGAAGCUGUCAAUGUCUUAAAGGGUGCGAUUGUGACAGCCGAUCGUAUACUUACAGUUAGCAAGGGUUAUUCCUGGGAGAUAACAACCACUGAAGGCGGAUAUGGUCUCAAUGAAUUGUUAAGCAGUCGAAAAUUUGUUCUAAGUGGUAUUACCAAUGGCAUUGAUAUUACUGAGUGGGACCCUUCUACGGAUGAGCAUAUUGCUUCCCAUUACUCUGUCAGUGAUCUUUCUGGAAAGGUGCAAUGCAAGAUAGCUUUGCAGAAAGAACUUGGUCUUCCUAUUUUGCCAGACUGCCCAAUGAUUGGGUUUAUUGGUAGACUGGACUACCAGAAAGGGAUUGACCUAAUUUUUUCGGCAAUUCCAGAGCUUAUGGAAGAUGAUAUCCAAUUCGUUAUGCUUGGGUCUGGAGAUCCACGUUUUGAAGAAUCGAUGAGAGCAGCAGAGUCAACCUACAAAGAGAAGUUCCGGGGCUGGGUGGGAUUCAAUGUUCCAAUUUCUCAUGAGAUAACGGCAGGCUGUGACAUUUUACUGAUGCCAUCAAGAUUUGAACCAUGUGGGCUAAAUCAGCUGUAUGCCAUGAGAUAUGGAACUGUACCAGUGGUACAUGCCACCGGAGACUUAGAGACACAGUACAGAGCUUUAGCCCAUAUGCUAAUGAAGGUAGCUGCGAGGGUACUGGAUGGACCUUUUCUCCACUAACAAAAGAGAGCAUGUUGGCGGCCCUGAGAGUUGCCAUUAGGACAUACAGAGAACACAAAACUUCUUGGGGGCGACUGAUGAAGAGAGGUAUGGCAAAGGACUUAACGUGGGAGAAGGCGGCAAUGCAGUACGAGGAUGUCUUUAAGUGGGCCUUCACAGA